UGAUGAUUGCGGACGGCAAUGUCUCCUCGCGAGAAAGCUGAUGGAUCUGCACAUGUUCUUGAAGAGGGACUGAGGAAGCCAGCGCCAUCAGAAGCAGAGAGAUAGAGAAAGACAGACAGACAGACACAGCGCUGUGCCAAAAGGAGGAGUUUUCCCCUUUCAUUUCAGUGUGCCUCGAACUGCUGGACGAUGGAGGAGGAGCGAGUGAGUUUACCGCGGGCUGUGGUGAAAGCAGAAGAAGAAGUCGAAGCGCUAAUUUUUGAUGGAGCAGAGUUAGUUGACAUUCACAAUGUGGGAAUUCCUCAGCAACCACUUUCACUUACUGAUGUUCCCACAACUUCACAAGUACAUGAUGAACACAGGAGAUGCUUGGCAACUUUUGUAUACUUGAAAAGUACCAGAAGCAAUAACUCUAGGGAAUGCAGCACUGGCGAAAUCAAUCUAUCUGAUGCGGAACCUGAAAGCACUGGUUACCAAGAGCAACCUCUCACUGACAAUAGGCAUGCUGGGAUCAUUACUCAUCAGCCUUGUGGGCUCCAAUCAGGCAAAAGGAAAACAUUUGCUCCAUCAAGCAGCCAGAUGGACAGACCAGUCAUCUGCAAGGAAGUGAGAUUAAAAAAGAGGAGACUGCACACUAUGAUGAGACCUGCUACAGUAAGGAGAUUAUCAGAGGAUGAAGACUAUGAAGAAUAUUAUGACGAGGAACUUGAUGCAGUGCCAGACUAUGUUAGUGGCACAUCGGACAGCUCUGGAAAUGGAGAUCAGCAGUCCUCACUGAUUGAAAUUCUCAGUUACUGUCAGGUUAUUUAUUCUUCUAUCCGAAGACUGGACAGAAAAGUGGAAGUGAUUCAGCGACAAGUGUCUGAUCUACGUCAAGGGAAAACAGAAUUUUUUGCUAAGCAAAGGCAAGUCUUGGCAUCGCUUUCCAACGGUUAUGCCCAGAAACCGAAAAAAAAAUCGGGCCUGAAAUCAGCUGUGAACGUGCAGAGGAAGAGGGUUGGAUGUUCCAGACUGACUGAUCCGAGUGAGUCCCGUGACUGUACCGAACCGGUGCUAAUUCAGGUUGAAGAUGGCGUUGCAGAUGCAGCAGUUGAUGAGAAACCGAAUGUUUCAGCAUGUUUCCCUUCCACGGGACACAUCCAAGAAAGCUUGUUACCCUCAGCAAACUCAGCUGCACCUGGUCCCGUGCCACCCUACUUUGUCCUGGACUCUGAGCUUCAGCCUCCGUGUCAGAGAUCACAGAGUGUGCCAGCAGCUUAUAAAAUGAGCAAGCCACAAGCCAGCCACUGUCAGAGAUCAGUAGAGCAGCAGCUGGAAAUAAAAGAAGACUCUCAAACAGAAGGGAAUACCUGCCAGGACGUUGAAUUAGUGCCAGAUUGUAUCGACAACAAGGAGACUUCAAAGCAGGAUCCAGCACCACAACAUUCAUCUUUUGAUCUUUCAAAGAAUAGCUUUGGGUUUUUGGGGAAUCCCGAACGCAAUGUUAAAAUACCUGGCACAUUUAUAUUAAAAGCCAGUCAGAAGACCCAACCAAAGUUGGCAGCACGUUAUCUAGCCAGGAAUCUGUUCACUGAUGAGGCCCUGGUUACAAGCAGCAUUGAUGGAAGCAAACAGCAUGGAAUGAAAUCACUGGAUCCGAAUAAACUGGGUGCUGUGAGAGAGUUCUUAAGCCAACAGUUCCCCCACCAUGACCUUACCGAGGUUGGUAAAGACUGGAAGGCCUGCAUCUCCUCGAUCAACAGCAUGAUCAGUGUUACAAGGAGGAGAGCUGGAAGAGAACACUUAUCAAAUGAAAAAGCAUCAACGGCAACCGUCUCCCCGUCCACCUCUGAUUCUGCUGUAAACGGUCAGCUCUGGUGGCUUCAGCAAAACUCAGCACCGUUACCUUCUACAUUGUAUCAAAAACCUUUUGAGAAAUUAGAGUGUCUAGGCAGAGCUGACCGAAAAGUGCAGUUACCAGCUUCUGUGAUCCGUCUUGCCAAGCAGAGAGCUCGGCCUGAAUUGGCAGCACGUUUCCUCAUCAGGCACCUCUUCCCAGACAGCAUUCUUCUCAGGAGUAACGUGUAUGGAGCAAUUCGGAAAGGGAAAGCUCCUCUUGACUGUAAUAAAAUAAAUGCUAUUCGAGAAUUUCUAGCGGAUCACUUCCCAGGUUUCGACCUGACUGAGGAUGGCAAAGACUGGAAAGUGUGCGUUGAUGCAAUUAAUGGUGUCAUUCGUUGUCUCCGAUAUGAACUUAAGAAGACACCCCAAGGGAGGUCAUUCCUUAAACAUUAUUCAUCGCCACUCAAGACCCAAACAGACUUGGAAUGACAUGUCCUUACAAAAUGGAACCCAGGAUUGUGCACUGUUUUCCAAUGAGAUGCUGCUGGGCCUGCUGUGUUCGUCCAGCCUCACAUUUUAUUAUCUUGGAUUCUCCAGCAUCUGCAGUUCCCAUCAUCACUGAGCCCCAUCCAUUGUUCGGUACAGAGCCAUCAUGCACUUUGUAUUCAACUCUCUUGAUUUAAAUCCUAAAAUCCCAUUUAAUGCCUCUACCUCGCGGUUCAUCAAUUUAUAAUUAUUCAUGUAUUGUAUUAAAUCCCUUCAUACCUCUAUUUUCAACCAUUUAAGUUCAUUUUCUUUUGUCCAGGUUCAAAUUAUUUAUUCAAAAAGGAAAAUCAAAAAAGCUCCAAACCAUCAACCCUUUGACAUCCUGCUACUCUGUCAGUCUGAGAACUACCAGUUUCUUGCAAUUUGCUGCUUCCCUUUCCAUUUUCCCUUCUAUGCAAUGGGACCGAAUUUUCUGUCCAUUUCUUACCUAACACUUAGUGAAAUGCUUCAUUAUAGAGUGCACCCACUUCAUCCCCCGGACCACAUUUUCUGUUAUUCUCUCAAAACAUCAUCUUUGAUAUGCCAAACAUGAUCCACUCUCCAGAAAUCUCUGUUGGACAUCUCAGAUGUAUCAUUAAAUAUUCACCUACAUUGUCCUUAAUUAUUGUCUUCACCAGUUCACGGUUUAGUGUUGAAUUGUUACCUAUUUUCACAAUUUCCCCUUUUUGAACAUAGGUAUAAAGGUUGUCAUGCUCCUGUCCUUCAUCACAGCUUGUAGCUCUAAUGAAAUUUGAUAAAACCUGGCCAGCCCCUCUACUGCAUCCUUGCUACUAACAAAGGGUAUGUGCAAUCUGAUCCUAGACAUGUUAGAUUUUAAUAUCAACAAGUUCCAUGUUUAUUUUGCUGGUGUUAACCGUUGAGCGAGCUGUUCUUAAAUUGGAACACAUGAUCCCUAAAGUAGCACACAAGGUCACAAGCCUCCUCACCUCUGAGACUGAAGCCCACACCACCAGUGUCUGGUCCAGCCCUUGCCCUGUCUGUCUCCUCCUGUGUAUCAGUGAAGAGAGUCCUACUGGGGACAACACUGUGAACACUGUGUUAGAAUAUUGAUUAAUUGAUGAUCUCAUCCUACAUUUCAUCCCACACCUAUUGAAUUUGAAAUGACAAAUGCAGAAUUAUUAAGUAUUACAUAUUGAAGCAUUACACCAUUAAAGUUUUUUGUAAUGAAUUACAUAGACCAAAUAUAAGCUUUUAAUACUAACUGUUAAGUAGAGUGAUAAAUAGUGAAGAUCUCCCCUAAGUGUGAGACUUUCAAAUGUACAUCAUUCAUUGUUUGCUGCACUUGUUGCAAAACUAAUAAAUCCCCCCACCCCAGGCUUUCGAAGCCCACAUCUGGACAGUACCUGCCUGGUCUUUGGGGAUGGAAGUGGUUUCUUCUAAAAAUC